UUGUCUAAGAAAUAAACCUAGCAUAUUGCAAAAUGUUGUGUGUGUAGUGUGUACCAAGAAUUACAAAUUGCCUUCUCUUUCAGUGAACUCUAAAAAAACAACUUGGGAAAUGUCAUCUUCUUCAACCAUGGAGGAAGUGAAUUCUGUGACUCAAAGCUCUGAACAGCCCAUCAAAAUGGCCGAACAUGUGAUUAUUCAAAGCCCUCAACCAAACAUUUCUGAAACUGAAACUGAAACUGAAAAAGGAGAGCGUCAAAAUAUUCAUGAGGAAUUCAUUCACAAGAAUCGCCUACAAGAGUUGACCCAGCGGUCGUCCCUAGGUCGUCCUGUUUAUCACACUGUCAAUGCAAGCUCUCAGCAUGCACCCCUCUUUAGAUCCAGUGUUUUGGUUGAUGGGGUUUGGUAUACCUCUCCUAACACAUUUUCACAUGUAAAGGCUGCAGAGCAGGAUGCCGCCAAAGUUGCUUUGAUUGGCGUGAAAGAAAAGCUGAAACAUGAGGGAUGCCCUCUUAUUCGUGAGGAUACAGUGUUUUGCAAGUCUAUCCUGAAUGAGUAUGCUGUUAAAAUGAACCUGGAGAAACCUACUUAUCAGACAAGUCAAUCUAUGGCAGUGCUUCCUGUUUUUAAGUCUACCUCGUUCUUCAAUGGUAUUCAUUAUACGGGAGAAAUCGGGAAAAACAAGAAAGAAGCUGAACAGCUGGCAGCUCGAGCAGCAGUUAUUUCCAUCUUAGAAACUGGUGCUGGAACUGUGAUGUUUGAGAUCAUCAAGUCUAAACGCAAGCUUUAUGCUGCACUAGAUAAAGUUCAGGAUACAGGUGAUGUUAAUGCUGGCUUCUUGCCAAUGGAAUUUGGUCGUCCACUUCAUGUGGAUAAAAGAAAAGAAGUUGAAAUUAGUGAAGGUGCUGGGAAAAAGGCUAAUAGUGGACUUUUAGCAUAUAGUUUGGGACAACCUAGUGAUGUUCAGGCACCAGAUCAGCUUCAUGUAUUUAAAAGACCAAAAUCAGGAUCUUCAAUAGUGGAAGUGGCGCCUCCCAUAGUAUUUGUGCCCCCUGUCCUGGAUCCAUCUUUGCUUUGCUCAACUUCUGGAAAGAAACGGCGAAACAAGAGAAAAGCAAAGAAAAAAAUUGUGCAAGUUGACCCUCAGGUGCCUGCUGCUACGUUGCCAUUGGCUCAAGCUCCCCCCUGCUCGGUGACACAGUGA